AUGGAGUCCCUGUUCGGCUUCUGGGACGCGCAAUCGCAGCGGAGGAGGACGGGCGGCGGCGGCGGCGGCUUCGAAUCGCUCAAGCGUCUGGGUCACAUCUCACCUGCUGUGUACCUCACCCUAUGCUCCGCGCUGGCCUUCUCUGCGCUCGGCGCUUACCUCCACAUCCUCCUCAACGUCGGAGGCACCCUCACGACCCUCGGAUGCCUGGCCGCCAUAGCCUACCUCAUCUCCCUGCCCGCUUCACAGGACCAGGAGAGGAACCGCUUCGCCCUGCUCAUGGCUGCUGCGCUCCUUCAAGGCGCCUCCGUUGGCCCGCUCGUCGACCUUGUUAUUGACGUCGAUCCGAGGAUUCUCGUGACGGCGUUCGUCGGAACUGCAAUUGCUUUUGGAUGCUUCUCUGGCGCUGCCAUCAUCGCCAAGCGCAGGGAGUACCUGUACCUCGGUGGUCUGCUUUCAUCUGGCCUCUCAAUUCUUCUCUGGCUGCAGUUCGCUACUUCAAUCUUUGGCCACACCAGCACCACCUUCAUGUUUGAGCUCUACUUUGGCCUCCUGGUUUUCCUGGGAUAUAUGGUGUUUGACACCCAGGAGAUUAUCGAGAGGGCGCACGGUGGGGACAUGGACUACAUCAAGCACGCGCUGACUCUCUUCACCGACUUUGUUGCCGUUCUUGUUCGGAUCCUUGUCAUCAUGAUGAAGAAUGCGCAGGAGAAAUCCAAAGACGAGAAGAAGAGGAAGAAGCGCUAG